UAGAAACUAGAAAGAGUAGAAACCGGAGGAACAUCUAAACUGAGGCCGCGGGCACUUCCAAAUUUCAGGUACACAAUACGAAAUCUCGCCUCUCUUUUUCUCCUAAAACCCGAAGAGAUUUUUUUUCUGGAUUAGAGAUGGAAAUAGAUCAUUAUGUGAUUCUAGGGUUACCAUCAGGAGAAGAAGGGGCAAAAUUAACUGAUGAGAAAAUUGGAAAAGCAUAUAGAACAAAAGCCCUAGAAUUACAUCCAGAUAAAAACCGUAAUGAUCCUAAUGCGAAUACUAAAUUUCUAAAACUCAAAGAAUCAUACUUAAUCCUUAAAGAUGAAAAAGCUCGUAAAGCUUUCGAUGAUUUAUUACGUGUGAAACGUGAUCAACAACAACGUCAAUCACAAUAUGAUUCAAAAAAACGUAAGAUGAUGGCUGAUCUUGAUGAGAGAGAGCGUGCUUCUUUUGCUCCUGAUCGUUCUAGACAAGAGAGAGACAAUGAAGAGAGAAUUGCUAGGGUUUUUAAAGAAGAAUGUGAUAGAAUUAGAGCAAUGCACGCUAAGAAAGCAGGCGCAAGGACAGGGACGCCUAAGGCGAAUGCUGAGUUUGGAACACCUGGUACGAAUGGGGAGAGUGCGGGUAAUGGGGCGAGUUUGGAUCCAAGUAAAGCUUUGAAGGUUACUUGGGAGGGUGGAGUUGAAGAUUAUAGUGCUCAGAGGUUGAGAGAAUUGUUUGGGGAGUUUGGAGAUGUUGAAGACAUUGUGAUUCGAUCUCAAAAGAAGAAGAAAAAAAUUGGGUCUGCUGUUGUUGCCAUGGCUUCUGCAGAUGCUGCAGUUGCUGCCCUGAAAGGUGUUCGUGGUGAUCUUUCAAAUCCGUUGCUUGUUCUUCCUGUACUGAAAACGGGACAAACUGAGUUUUCGAAUGUUUCUCCAUUCAAGAAGUUUGAGGAACCUGUUGAGCCGAUUAUGAUUAAUCUCGUUGGUGCUGGACAUCAGGCCAAAGAAGAUUCCAUUUUAGAAAAACUGCGGAAAAAGGCAGCAGAAAUGAAGAAAGAGAAUAGUGGAAAUGGUUCAGUAUGAUACAAUAAUCUCACGGGAGUUCCUGUAUGCUGUCAUCACAUCGUGCAAAAGCUUAUUUGCUGCUCUUUUUCCUCUUUCCUCUCUUGUCAUUUGAGAGUUCCCUCCAACUGUCAUCUCAUGGUACAAAUUAAGAGUUUUGGUAACAGAAAACCAAGUGUAGGUUUUAGUUGAUAGAGGGCAAGGAUUGAUGGUUCUCAGAAGGUUAGCAUAUAUCAGCAAAAAAGAUGACAGAUAGUCUUAAUUGGUGUUAACUGUAAAAUUAGUUUGUAGAUGUGAUUCUUUUUCAAGUUUCAGUUUAGAACUGGAUGUACCAUAUUAAUCCAUUUGAAAAAUUUUAUUAAAAAAAUGGAGAAAAAGAAAGUAAGAUAACACAGUUUUAGGUGCCUUGUAUUGUACUUCUCAUCAAUGUCACAGAAAUAUAAAGUGGCCUGAUUUUGGACUGGCUGUUGUUUGUA